CACAGUUACUGGGGUCUGGGAAGUGGGUAUUUGCAACAUCAUCUCAACUUUCCAAGCUGGAUAGCCACAUCCGAAUGGGUUUACAAGCCCCAUAGAACAAAUCACAGCGGCGCGGAGCACGUUUUGGAUGUCCUUCACAUAGAUGCAGGCAAUCAAAGAAACAGAAAAUAGGCAAUGUUACCCCAGAGUGAGACAGAUAGGAAUUGGGAUUGAAUCACCCUUGCUCUCAGUUCAGCUGUACUGUUUUCAUUUUGGUAGUAGUAAAUACGGAGUAUACCUGUACGAGUAGACUGACGAUUGCAUGCUCAACAUUUAUAUCGUUGUAACUGCAAUUGGUUUUGCACAAUGAUGUCCAGCAAAAACUCGUUCACGGGUAGCAUGUUGAGACGUUUCGUUCAUCAUCUUCUGAUUUCUGAAUUCUGAAUUCGAGUGGAUAUCUGAUUCGAGGUUUGGCAAAUGCUCCACUGGUGCAAUAUAUUUUCACUAGCAUCCCUUGGAUGACGGAUGAUAUGUAUACGUCAGCGUCCGUUUCCUCGAGGCCCGGGCAGUCGAGCUUUUGACAAAGUCAAAGCUCCCACCUACCGCGAGACCUCGGCCGCGACCAUGGCGAUCCCUCUCCUCUUGCUCCUCCUCGUUCUCUCCUCAGCUUCUGCGGAUGAGUAUGGGGACGAGCUGCUGCAGCGCGCGUGGGGGGAGCGGGAGUGGAUGGUGAGUGUGCGGCGGCGCAUCCACGCGCACCCCGAGCUCGCGUUCCGGGAGCACCGCACCGCAGCCCUCGUCCGCGAGGAGCUCGAGCGCCUCGGCCUCUCCACCCGCGCCGUCGCCGGAACGGGCGUCGUCGCUGAUGUAGGCUCCGGGGCGCUCCCCUUCGUGGCGCUCCGCGCCGACAUGGACGCGCUCCCGCUCCAGGAAUUAGUGGAGUGGGAGCAUAAGAGCAAGGUGGACGGAGUGAUGCACGCCUGCGGGCAUGAUGUCCACACAGCGAUGCUUCUGGGGGCAGCAAAGUUACUCAGUCAGCGUAAGGAUCAGCUCAAGGGAACAGUGAGACUCCUUUUUCAACCUGCCGAGGAAGGUGGUGCAGGUGCAUCUCAUAUGAUAAGAGAAGGGGUUCUGGAUGGUGUUAAAGCCAUAUUUGCAAUGCAUGUUGACUACCAGAUACCAACUGGUGUAAUAGCAGCUCACCCAGGACCAACACAAGCCGCUGUAUGUUUCUUUGCAGCAAAAAUAGAAGGUAACACUGGGCCGUCUGAAACCCCACACUUAAAUGUGGAUCCUAUUGUCGCUGCAUCUUUGGCCAUCCUGUCCCUGCAGCAGCUUAUUUCCAGAGAAGAUGAUCCUCUUCACAGCCAAGUGGUCUCGGUUACCUAUGUGAAAGCUGGAAAAGCCCUUGAUGCUACCCCUGAUGUUGUUGAAUUUGGAGGUACUUUGAGGAGCCUCACCACUGAAGGCCUUUACCGUCUGCAGAGAAGGGUUAAAGAGGUAGUAGAAGGCCAGGCUGCAGUACAUAGAUGCAAGGGAGCUGUCGACAUGAAGGCUGAGGACUACCCAAUGUACCCUGCUGUUGUGAACGACGAGAGGCUGCAUCGGCACGUAGAGGAUGUCGGCAGAGGCUUGCUUGGCCCGGGCAACGUGAGACCAGGGGAAAAGAUCAUGGCCGGCGAAGACUUCGCUUUCUACCAGCAGCUGGUUCCCGGUGUUAUGUUUGGCAUCGGCAUUAGAAACGAGAAAGCUGGUUCUGUUUACUCGGUUCACAACCCCUAUUUCUUCGUUGAUGAGGACGUCAUUCCUGUUGGUGCUGCUUUGCAUGCUGCGAUUGCAGAACUGUACUUCACUGAGGGCUCCUCUCUCAACAAAGACUCGUAGCUUCUCACUCGUGCGGUUGAUCUUGGGUUGAACAAAUAUAAUUGACAUGUACAGAUGCAUUGUAAAAGUGUUUUUUUUUGGCAAAAUUGUGACUCACAAAACAAUGCGACGUCAUUUUGAAGCAGAGCUCUACUGUACUUGACUA